AUGGGAGCGGAAGCCGAGGGUACUCCCCCGCCGCAGCCCGCCGCCGGCGAGCCCGCGACCACGACAAGGGCGCAGCCCAUCUCCGCAGCGCAGUUCCUCUCCUGGAAGCAGCGCAAGGAUGCAGAGGAAGCUGCAAGGAAAGCUGAAGCAACUCAGAAGCGAGCUGCUGAUAUCGCUUCGGGAGCGGUGCAGAUGAACGGCCGCGAGCUGUUCCAACAUGAACCCUGGGUGUUCGACAACAACAUUUACUGA